GUAAGUGGAGGUGGUUCCAUGACGGUCAGGGCUGCAGCUCUGCCGCGGACCGACAGGCUCCAGAUCAGCCUCCGCGUUUGUACCGGCGCACUCGGACGCAUCGGCCCGAUCUGAUCCGGAUCACUUUUCUCCCAACAACUGCUUAUUUUGUCGCCUCCUUCACCUUGCCUCUUGAAGAUGAAGUUAAAUACAAGCUGCCGUCAGGUGCAACACGCAUCCGAUGGAGCCCUGCGUUUCGCCUCGUCCAUCGACCAACCCGAUGCAGCACUUUCUUAUGUUGCGGUCCCAGCUGACGGAUUCUGAUAUGGACUAUGAGAGGCCAAACGUUGAAACUAUCAAGUGUGUGGUGGUUGGAGACAAUGCUGUUGGAAAGACCCGCCUCAUCUGCGCUCGGGCUUGCAACGCUACACUGACUCAGUACCAGUUACUUGCUACACAUGUUCCCACAGUCUGGGCUAUUGACCAGUACAGAGUAUGCCAGGAGGUAUUAGAACGCUCCAGAGAUGUUGUGGAUGACGUCAGUGUGUCCCUUCGCCUCUGGGAUACAUUCGGAGACCAUCAUAAGGACCGGCGUUUUGCAUAUGGCAGGUCUGAUGUGGUGGUACUUUGCUUCUCAAUCGCCAAUCCCAACUCUCUGUACCACGUGAAGACCAUGUGGUACCCGGAGAUCAAGCACUUCUGUCCCAGAGCUCCGGUCAUCUUAGUUGGCUGUCAGCUGGACCUGCGUUAUGCAGACCUGGAGGCAGUGAACAGAGCACGGAGGCCUUUAGCGAGGCCCAUUAAAUCCAAUGAGAUCCUUCCUCCAGAGAGAGGCCGGGAGGUGGCCAAAGAGUUGGGAGUGCCAUAUUAUGAAACCAGUGUUGUUGCUCAGUUUGGUGUCAAAGACGUCUUUGAUAAUGCAAUCCGAGCUGCUCUAAUCUCACGCCGCCACCUGCAGUUUUGGAAAUCUCACCUUAGAAAUGUUCAGCGGCCUCUCCUUCAGGCACCCUUCCUGCCACCGAAACCUCCCCCACCUAUAAUCACAGUGCCCCCUCCCCCGACCACCACAGAGGAGCACCCGGUUGGUCUUCUGGAGGACCCACACUGUGCUGACGUCAUCCUCGUUCUGCAGGAGCGACAGAAAAUCUUUGCACACAAGAUAUACCUGGCGACAUCAUCUUCAAAGUUCUACGACCUCUUUAUUAUGGACACACAAUACGAGGAGACUGAAAAGCCCCCUCGUGGGCCUCUUUCCGGCCGAGAGCUGCUAAUGCGAGCUGCUAGCUUUGAUGUUUGUGAAAGUAGUGAUGAUGGAGACAGGGCUAACCUGAGGGCCUGCACUAGUGAUGGAACCCUGAAAGACUGUGAGGGCGGCAGACGGGGCAGGCUGCUUUCCUCUUGGAGCCGUGCCUUUGUCAGCAUCCAGGAGGAGCUGGUGGACGACCCAAUAACUUACAGCCCCAGGCCCAUGACUGUGGUGCACAUGGAUCAGUCCAUGCAGCUCAGUCCUUUUCGAGCAGUACUUCGCUACCUGUACACAGGUCAGCUGGAUGAGAAUGAGAAAGAGCUAAUGCACAUUGCACACAUUGCUGAGCUGCUGGAGGUCUUUGACCUGCGGAUGAUGGUGGCAAACAUACUUAACAAUGAAGCCUUCAUGAACCAAGAAAUCACCAAAGCCUUCCAUGUACGCCGCACAAACAGAGUGAAAGAGUGCUUGGCCAAAGGCACCUUUUCUGAUGUUGUAUUCAAACUAGAUGAUGGGACAAUCAUGGCCCACAAGCCGUUACUCAUCUCUAGCUGUGACUGGAUGGCAGCUAUGUUUGGUGGGCCUUUUGUGGAGAGCUGCACCAAAGAGGUCCUGUUUCCCAACACAACACGCAGCUGUAUGCGGGCUGUGCUAGAAUAUCUCUACACGGGGCGCUUUUGUUCUCGGCCUGACCUGGAUGCAAUGGAGCUCAUUGUUCUUGCCAAUCGUCUUUGCCUCCCUCACUUGGUUGCACUUACAGAACUCUACACAGUAACUGUACUGACAGAGGCAGCGAUGAUGGGGGCUGAUAUUGACGGGGAUGUCCUGGUUUAUUUGGAUAUGGCGCAGUUCCACGGUGCCCAGCAGCUCACUGGUUGGUGUCUUCACCACAUCUGCACCAACUACAACAGUGUCUGCCGCAAGUUUCCCAGAGACAUGAAGGCCAAGUCUACGGAGAAUCAAGAAUACUUUGAGAAACAUCGCUGGCCACCAGUGUGGUACCUGAAGGAGGAUGACCACUACCAAAGAGCACGCAAAGAGCGAGACAAGGAGGACUACCUGUAUCAAAGACGACAAUGUAAACGCAAGUGGCUCUUCUGGAACCUUCCUUCCUCUCCUAACUCAAACUCACCUUCUUCUGGUUCAUCCGCUAUCAUCUGACACAGUGGUAAGGCUAGUUCCACUCUGGACAUCAGCGUGGAUGCCAAUUUUAAAAGAAUACAGGACAAACCUUGCUGGAUCAGUAUGUCCUAACUCUUCAGGCACAGUCAUGCAGUCAAACGACACUCCUCCUCAAUCUCACAAUUAAAGUAAUGAUUUUUGUUCCUUUAAGUUAGCAUAACAUGUGACUUGAACCUCAAAUGGCGCAAAUAACUCAUAUUGAUUGUUACAUAUUACAUUAUCUGAGUGAAAUGUAAAAUAGGACUCUGCUGGCACAGAACUUUCCACCUAUGUUAACCUGAACUGACAACCAAGUGCUGCUUAUCAGCUGCAACAACCAGCAACUCAACACAGAACUAAGUCUCAGAGAAAAAACACUUUGCCCUUAAGUGUUUGUACAAUCUACCAAACUAUGUGUACAGUAUGAGCUCAUUAAUAGUAUAGGCUGCCAGGAAUCAGUAAUUAAAAUCACUCAAUCUAACCACGCUGAUGAUGAUUGUGUAUGCAUAAAUGAAAAUUGACAAGUUCUGCUCCUGUUUAUUUUUGUACAGUCAUUCGGUUGUUUGAAUGUUUGUGUCCAGCUUGCACAACUAGUCUGGACAUACUCAGCAUUUACAUAUUGUGAUCUUGAGAUUUGUGGCCUCUUGUCAAAUAAGGGCUUUAAUUUAUAUGAAUGCAUUCAGUGUCCUGUGACUCAAGAGAUCCCAAAUCAAGGAAAAUAUCUGGACUUUCUGUAAAAUGCCAGCAAAAACACUCAUUAUUAUUACUUUUUAGUUGCUUGAGAAGGUGUGUUAGCACACAUGUAUUCCGAGUCCUUCAGUUUUGCAGUACAUUCAUUGGAAAGUAUCAUGUAUUGAAUCUAAAGCAUGUCAUAGCCUUUAGCGUCAUUUCAGAAGCUGGAGUGUCCAUGUGUACAUUAGCAUCUAUCUGUAACAGGGAGCUUGACUCAUCUGUCACUGGUAUUAAAUUGGCCUUUAGAGGUUUAUCUAUCUAUUUAUCUAAGUCAUGACUUGUACAUGCAGGAAGUAAGCUCAUGCCUGGGUGAAGUCAUUAUUCUUCUUUAAAACAACUCAAGCACUUUCUGGACUCUCCUUUACAGAGACACAUAAGAACCUCCAGUAGCAGCACCUUUGUGAAAGGGACUGAGGACUAAGUGUGGUGUCAUAACAUGCUGCAACAACAACAAAAAAAGGAACGGGAUGAUGCAAAUCCAUGAUAAAAAGAUUGUUGAAAUACAAUGUUGUGAAGAGGGUAAAGAUCGUUCUUAAAUUUGUUUUGCACACAUCUUAGUAUCAAGGUUGUCAUCUGCUGUUAUACUUGAUUGAAUGACAGGACAGCAAUGUUUGGAUUAAAGAGCAUGGUGCUAAGUAAAGAUGGGUAAUAUUGUAAAUUGUACAGUAUAUCAGAUGAACUGCAAGUAACUUGCAUUACUUUAAUGUGCAGUUACGUAAUAGUUUGCACUGCAGGCAGUGAGCAGAAUAGUUCAGUAUUACUGAGUAAUACAUAUUAAUAUAGACUUAUCUGACUUGCAUUUAGUUACUGUGCAGCUACAUACUGUUCUUAUAAAUAACUGAAUAUUUAUUGUGCUGGCCUCCAGUUACACAUACAUUAUAUACAUGUAGUAUACAUGCAAAUUACAGGCAGUUCACAUGAACAGUUGACUAAUAGUAAAAAUAAGAUUACAGUGCAAAGUAAAGAAGACACAUAUUUAUAUACAUAUUGUUCUAAAUGCACAUGAUAAAUCCAUAAAAUAGCCAUUGUUAUUGAAUCAGUACAUUCUGGUUACAGCUUCUGCAGGAUAUACAUUUCUUGUUUCAAAAAGGGCCUUGAUUGGUUAUUGUUGGUGUAUUUUACAUUAAACUUUUGAUUAUAUAAAUAUCAAAAGCCCAACAAAGAGCUCAAGUGCAGUUUUAUGAAUCCAUUUAGUGAUGAAACCAACCAAACUCUUUCUCAUUUUAACCUCUGACCCAAACUGUACUGCAUGAAUGGGACUUAUCCAUCAUCCUUCCAGUGUAAGAUAGUAUAGAAGAGCUGGUGCCGGUGCUCUUAGCAGUAGCUUUAAAUUGCUCUAAAUUAGAUUUACAUUUACCAAAUAUGCUAAUUAAAUGUAGGAAAGAUAUCUGAUAUCCGUUUCAGUCUUUUGGCAUACAUGGUCAGACAUUAGGCAUAGGAACUUCCAGGAGCAGUAUACUCUUUUAGAGUCACUUCCUCCUGUUUCUGAAGAUUUUAAUUUAUUAUACCUUUCAACUAAUAAAUUAUUAUGUCCAGUUUUGUCAUGGUAUAAAGUUUAUUAUCAUAGUUUCUCUGCUGUAGAGUGUUUAUUGUUAGAAUGAUUCCAUUAAAGUCUGAUAACUUUCAUAGACAGUUCAUUCCAUAGUGCAUUGCAUUGCUGAAUGAAUCUUUUGCUGAUUUUUGCAUCAAUGACACCUCAUGCCUUAAUGUACAGUGUAGUUUAUGGUAUCGAAUGUAAACUAAUGUUACUGUGGUUAAUAGUUUGUUUGCUGUAUGUUAAGUUACCAUGGUGCUCUCGAGGCUAUGUGUGUGUGUGUGUGUGUGUGUGUGUGUGUGUGUGUGUAAAUGUACAUUUUCCAUAACUUGGAUGUAAAGCAGAUCUGGGGAGUCCUGUGAGUACGCUUUAGUUGGAAACUGCUUAGUGUUUAUGCCAUUUUAAAGCUCAAAACACAAAAUUAAUUAAACAGACUGACUUUCAAGGCCACACUCAGCACACAUAAAACCAUCAAUUUGUGACAUUAACCAUCAAAUGAAUGCAGGGAUUUUAAAUUUGUUGUAUUAUUUUGAAGUUGCUUUGUGCUAAGGAGCUCCGGUUUUGGAGUCUGCAUUGCUAUAAAGUGCUGACACAGUGUGGCCACUGCAAGAUAGUGACUCAACAAUGUAAAUAUAAUUGUGUGAUGACUUGCAAUUCAAACUUGGCAUAGCAAUUAAUAUGAGCUAUUACAUAGUUUAAUAUCCUGUUUUUGUACUAUGCAUACUGAAAUGUCUGACUUUGAAACUACAAACUUGCACUGCUUUGUAGCACCAGGUUCUAUUCAAAUUGCAUUAGAGGGUAUAGCAACAUCAUUAGAUAAGUAGACAACAUCAGGUUAAGGGGAAAAAAAGAUCAUAGAGACAAACAUGUUGUCACUGGGGCCCUUCUCCAUAUGUUUGGGUGCUAAUAUCACCGCUGCAGAGAAGCACAAACCAAAGGGGAGCUUUAGCAGCACCAGGAAAAAAAAAAAAAAUUAUAUAUAUAUAUAUAUAUAUAUACACAGUGCAUAUAUAUACAUAUAAAUAUGUGUAUGUAUAUGUAUAAAAGUGCUGCACAAUCACUACUGCAUAGUUUAAGAGGCCUUGUUCAGAAAUGGUUGAAAUUUAAAUUAAAGUAAAUGAAAAGAAAAAAAACUUGAAUGUUUUCUCAGUGUUAAAAGCCUGGAUGACAAUUUCCUUAGUCAUCAGGUCCUUUUGUUCUGAAAAGCUGUUUUUAUUGUUUAGGAGCUGUACAUUCGAAACUCUGUAGCAUGUGUUCUUGAAAAUGUGUAUAUAAUAUUUAAUAAAUAAAAAGAGGAGCAACAUGUGCA